GUAAGCGGUAGAGUAUACGCUAGGUGUGUUUAAUAGAUAGCGGGCUCUUUAUUUUGUGCGUGUUUUUUUAAUGCAAGUGCUUACAGAAAUGUAUUGGAUUUUGUCCAUAAUAUUCCUAUUAACAUGGUUCCUCUCUACAGAAAAAAAAUACAGAUGGAUUUAUAUUCUGGCCAAAACUAUACGAAGAGAUAUUAUAGCGGGACAUCGCUUUUUAAGAAUGAAUUGGUUGAUGUACAAGUGGGACCAAUGUCAAGAAACAAUACCAAAGUUAUUUACAAAAUUAGUGAAAAAACAUCCUCAGAAAGUGGCGUUUUAUUUUGAAGAUGAAACUUGGACUUAUCAACAGCUUGAAGACUUCAGCAACAAAAUAGCACACUAUUUCAAAGAAGAAGGAUAUAAGCACAGCGAUACUGUAGCACUCCUCCUCGAAAAUAGGGCAGAAUAUGUUGGAAUCUGGCUAGGACUGUCGAAAAUCGGUGUGGUAACGGCACUGAUAAAUACAAAUCUUAUAUCAGAUCCUUUAUAUCACUGCAUCUCCGUGGCAAAUAGUAAAGCAAUUAUUUAUGGAACUAGCUAUGCAAAUGCUGUAAAUGGAAUUAAAGACAAAAUAAAACCCGUUAAACUGUAUCAGUUCAAUACGUCAGGAGAAAGGAUAGUGGAAGAUGGUUCAAUUAAUCUCAAUAAAGCAAUAGAAAACCAAUCCUCCGCUUCGCCUGAACAAGAUAUAGCAUUGACUAGACGAAGGGAUAAGGUGGUGUACAUUUACACAUCUGGAACUACAGGUCUUCCCAAAGCAGCAGUUAUAUCUCACUCAAGAUACAUGUUCGCUGUUAGUGCCGUCUACACAAUGGCGAAUUUAAACGGAAACGACAUAUAUUACGACCCUUUGCCCCUUUACCACAGCGCUGGAGGGAUGGUGGGAGUAGGACAAAGCAUUAUGUUUGGAAUACCAGUAGUGCUGAGGAAAAAGUUCUCAGCUUCCAAUUUCUGGAACGACUGCAAAAAGUACAACUGCACAGUAGCUCAUUAUAUUGGUGAAAUAUGUCGAUAUGUGCUAUCGGUUCAUAAGCCUGGCACAAAAGUAAACUUUACUGUAAAGAAGGUCCUGGGAAAUGGUCUUCGACCUGAAAUUUGGAAGCAGUUUGUCGACGAAUUUGAAAUCGAGCACGUUUAUGAGUUUUAUGGGGCGACUGAAGGAAAUUCCAACUUAAUGAACAUCGACAACACCGUUGGCUCAGUGGGUUUCGUCCCGAGAUACGCCUACGCCUUGUAUCCCGUAACGCUAAUAAAGUGCGAUGAAGACACUCACGAGCCCGUCAGAAACGAAGAGGGCUUCUGCGUGCGAUGCCCUGUUGGAGAAGAUGGCAUACUUAUUGGAAAAAUCAAUCCCCGUAGGAGUCUCAAUGACUUCUCCGGCUACGCUGAUAAAAAGGCGACAAGCAGUAAAGUAAUUAGAGACGUUUUCAAGAAAGGAGACGCUUAUUUCAAUUCUGGAGAUCUGCUGGUGCAGGAUGAGCUUGGUUAUUACUACUUUAAAGACAGAACAGGAGACACUUUUAGAUGGAAGGGAGAGAACGUCGCUACCAAUGAAAUAGAAGCAGUUAUAGCCAAAGUAGUUGGCUUAAAUGAUUCAGUUGUUUAUGGAGUUGAGGUCCCUGGCAGCGAAGGCAGAGCUGGAAUGGCAGCCAUCGUGGACAAGGACAGAACAGUAAAUUUAAACGAAUUGGCGCAGGGUCUCAAAUCUCACAUUCCAGGAUACGCUAUUCCCUUAUUUUUAAGGAUCACGGAUGCGUUGCCCAUGACGGGUACAUUCAAAGUAAAGAAAAUGGAACUACAAAAGAAGGGUUUUAACAUACACGAUAUUACCGAUCCCCUGUACUUUUACGAAGCAAAAAAGUCAACUUACGUCCCAUUAUCUGACGUUUACGAUGACAUCAUUAGUGGAAAAUUGAAAUUAUAAAUGAAUGAGUGACCAGCGUAAUGAAGUACCUAAUUGAUCUAACACGCAAUGACAAUAAUAAUUCUGCCAUAUAUAGAGUGUCCUAUUUUAAUCGAUCAAGACGAAUAAUUUCCUUUCUAUCCAAAGAUGAAGAAGAAAAAAAAUCAUGUUCAAAAAUGCCCUGCAUCAGUUGGACCCCUAGAAACACCAAAUCCAAAGUUAACCCUUAAAUGACCCCCAAAUUUAACCCCAGGACUCAAUGUGAGUCACGAUUUAAAACAAAAA